GUCUACACGGACGAUAAACCUAGGCCAUCUCACUUUAUCGCGCUUGUGGUCUCUUCUCUCAAUACACAAUAUGUAAGUGAAGUUAAUAUCAUAUGCUCAUCAAAACACGAAUGAGAAAUCGGAUGCUUAUAAAUUGUGUCGGAGUGCUUGUGCUAGAAUCGUUCUGGAUAUAUAGACUGCAUUGCACAUAGAUUUUUCGAUUACAGUAUUAACGAAUAUUUAAAAAAUGAAACAUAAGAAGGAGAAAUGCAAAUCUAUAUAUGAAAAUAAGAAAUCGAGGAAAAAAGAUAAGAAGAAACAUAAAAAGCAAAAGAAGCACGAUACAUUAAAUUCAAGUGACGAUGAUAGUAAUAUUGAACAGGAAUGGGUCGAAAAGUCUGUAGUUCAAUCAGAGGCUAUGAGUCAAAAUGUACCUACAUCAACGAAGACAGAAAAAUCUUGUAAAAGAGAGGAUUGGAUGAAUCUGAACAGUAUAUUUCCUUGCGUCUUCAAUGAUAAAAGAUCUGUUAACUUAGACAAACAUUCAGAUAAAUGUGAUUUAGACAAAUUGGGGCAAAGCAAGAAAGAGUUAAAUCCAUAUUGGAAGAAUGAUGGAAAUGGUUUACCUAAUGUAGAUUCAAUGAAAUCAAAUACAGACCAAACUGAAAUAGAUGCAAGUUGGCUUAAGAAAAGUCUUAGACGCGCACAAGAAGAAGCAGAAAGAGAGGGAAAAUCUUUAGAAGAAAUUGCUGCUCAUAGGUGGGGUUCUUUAGAUGUUAUUCAAUCAAUGAUAAAGAAAGCAGAAGGAAAGGCAUCAAAAAACAAUUACAAAUUAAAAAAUGACAAUGUAAGAUAUAAUGAAAAAUAUAAGCUUGAAGAACGUGAUUAUGAGAGACCUGAAAAAUAUAAGUCUAAAUCUAGAAAUCAAAGUGAACAAGACAGUACACAGGCUAAUGUAUAUCAUGAAAAGCGUAAGCAGGUUUAUAAAAGACCAAUAGAUGAUGAUUAUUCUGCUAAUACUUCAUACAAUACACAUUAUUCAACUACAAAAAGGUGGCAAAAAGUAAAGACAUCAGAUAAAACUGAAGAUACUCCAUUAAAAGUUUCUGAAUCGAAGGUCACUGGUGUUAAAUACAACAGCAAUGUAGAUAACAUAAGUAACAAAGAAAUGAAUACUGUAACAGAAUCAGAUCUAAAUAAAUUAGGGGCAAAAAUUGUUAAAGCAGAAAUAAUGGGUGAUACUAAACUCGUUGCUGAAUUAAAAUGUCAAUUGAAAAAAGCUAGAGAAUUUGCAACAAAUUCUAUUCAAUUGAACGAGUCAGGAAAAGACCAAAAUGUAGUUCUUACAAGAACUGAUAUUAAAGGUAUUACAAGACCACUGGAGCGUAGGAGUCAGUCUACAGAUUCUUUAGGAAAUAAUAAGCAAAGAUCUGUACAAACUCACAAUGCAGGGAAAAGGGUGCUGCAUUAUUUCGACGAUGAUAAAUAUUCAUUGAAAGAAUUGUUCCAACGAGAGAAAGGAAGAUCCACGAAUGAAGAUGAUGCGAUAUUUAGCAAAAUUGCUUCUAAGAACAUGAACAUGGAUGAAAUAUUUGAAGAACAAAUUACGCGAGUUCAAUCGAAUUCGAAACAAGAUGAGAAAGAUCGUUUGCUUGCCAUUAAGGAAGACAAACGUUUGUCAAAAAGUUUGGAUACUUGUCAUUGGUGUAUCGAUUCGAAAUACAUGUUAAAACAUAUGAUUGUUGCAAUGGACUCUGAAAUUUGUUUAAGUCUUCCUACAUACACUUCUUUAAUUGAAGGACAUUGUAUAAUCACGCCAGUACAGCAUAUUGCAUGUCAAUUGCAAUUAGAUGAAGAUAUUUGGAGAAGAUUAAAGGUAUUCAAACAAGCUUUAUAUAACAUGUUUGCGGAAGAAAAUAAGUAUCCGGUGUUCUAUGAAGUUUAUAAAAGUCGUCAAAAAUUUCUACACAUGCAAUUAGAAUGUGUACCCUUACCAAAAGAAAUUGGUGAAUUAAUUCCUAUUUACUUCAAGAAAGCAUUACUGGAAUGCGAAACAGAGUGGUCUAUGAACAAGAAGGUUAUUAAUUUAGAACGCAAGGACGUAAGACAAGCCAUACCAAAUGGUUUAUCUUAUUUCAUGGUUGAAUUUGAAAUCGACAAGGGAUAUGCGCAUGUCAUAGAAGAUGAAAAUAUGUUUCCAAAAACUUUUGCAAAGGAGAUUAUUGGUGGAAUGUUAGAUUUACAUCAUGAUGUAUGGCGUAAACCGAAGGGAGAAAAUUUCGAUCGACAACGAGAAAAAGUACUGAAAUUUUUGGAAACUUGGAAAAAGUUUGAUUGCACAAUAGUGAAUUGAUGUAAUUCAGCAAUAUUAAUACAUGGUACUAAAUUACAGAUUCGUGUUUAAAACUGAAAUGUGAAUUUGAUAAUGAUAUCUGUACAAAUAUUAAUGCAAAUAAAUAUUAUUUUAUUUUAUUGAAAUUGUAAA